UGAAACAAGGAAGAAGGGUGUAUGUAGCCGGAACCAGCUGUGUACUGUAUGUCAGACGAAUACAAAACAAAUAGGGUGCUGCAAAUUAUUCAGAAACGUACUCUAACGUUACAAUUCUUGAAUUGUCAUCGACAUAUUUUAAGAAUGGAUUUAAACAGUAUCCUGUCUCAGCUCGAGACUAACAAUGAAGAGGAAAUUAAAAGGCUUUUGCACCAGUACAACGGAGAGAAUAGUCGCACAUUCACCUUUGACCCAAAAGAGGAGGACCUACGAAGUAGGCUGUGUCAGGGUCUGCUGACUGUGCUGGGGAGGCAGGUUGGGUCCUGCUGCCAGAGCACCUGCCUGGAGACCCUUCGCAUCCUGUCCCGGGACAAGCGGGUCCUGGGCCCUGUGGGCACCCGGGAGGGCAUGCUGGUCCUGGCCGGGCUGGCUCGGCUGCAGGCGGGAGAGGAGGGAGGUGACAGUCUGCAAGAGGAUGCCCAGACAGAGGAGGAAGAGAGAGUGGUGGUGGAGGCCCUUAAGUGCCUGUGUAACGUGGUGUUUAACAGCGUGGCAGCACAGCAGGUGGGUGCCGAAGUGCAGCUGGCACGUGGUCUGUGUGCCCGCCUGCACGCCGCCCGUGCCGGGUGUCACGAGGUGGGCCUGUUCUCCCUGCGCCUGCUCUUCCUGCUCUCGGCUCUGCGGCCAGACGUCAGGGGGGGCCUCCAGAGGGAGCUGCAUGCCGUGGGGCUCCUCACAGAGGUGCUGGAGCGUACCCUGGACCUACGCUGGGUGGGCCCCUACGAGGUGGCCCAUCCAGGCCUCCAGGCCUUGCCUAUCCCUGCUGAAGACAACGAGAGGGCCAUGGAGGCCCUGAAAGCCUUGUUCAACCUCACGCUGUCUGACACUAGUGAUGAGGGUGGUGACCACCAGCUCCGCCUUGUCACCGCCAUCAUGCGCCAUCUAUUGAUGCUAAAGACUCAGACAGAGGACAAAACAGAGGAAGCACACAGCCACGCCAUCAACCUGCUGAGUAACCUGCCAGUGUCAUGUCUGGAUGUGCUGAUUGACUUGCCGGUCCAGGGGGGCCAGGAGGAGUACAGCGGGAAAAACAUGGACGCUGUGCAGGUGCUACUGGACUUUAUGGAGAAGAGGAUAGACAAGCAGGGUGCCAACUACAAAGAGGGGCUGACCCCAGUGCUCAGCCUGCUGACCGAGGGCUCCAGGUACCACAGGGAGAUCCGCAGAUACAUCAAGACACAGGUGCUGCCCCCGCUGAAGGAGGUCAAGGUCAGGCCGGAGAUAGGGUCCACCGUUAGGAACAAGCUGGUGCGCCUCAUGACCCACGUGGACAUGGGCGUGAAGCAGAGCGCUGCAGAGUUCCUCUUCGUCCUCUGCAAAGAGAGUGUUGACCACCUGUUGAAGUACACUGGGUACGGUAACGCAGCAGGACUCCUGGUAGCUCGAGGCCUGCUGGCAGGGGGGCGAGGAGAGACUCUGUACUCAGACGACGAAGACUCUGACACCGAAGAGUACAAAUCGGCUAAACCUUUCAUCAACCCCAUCACGGGUCACGUGGAGGAGCCCAUGCCUAACCCCAUCGAAGACAUGACUGAGGAGCAGAAAGAGUAUGAGGCCCAGAAACUGGUCAACAUGUUUGACAAGUUGUCAAGGCAGCAGUUGAUCAGACCGAUGGGGGUGAGGAGGGACGGCACACUGGCACCCCUAGAGGAGGCUCUUAGACAGCCCACGGCUGACAGCUGCAGCUCAGACUCAGACUAGAGCCACUACGACACAGAUCGGACCACCCUAUAUAGUGCCCUCAGAAAGUAUUCAUACCCUUUUACUUAUUCAACAUUUAGUUGUUACAGCCUGAAUUCAAAAUGGAUUGAAUAUAAUUUAUUUUUC